AUGAUCUGUGGAUAUCUUUUCGACCGAUGGCUUCCAAAAUUCAAUACCAGGCUGUUAUAAUCGUCUGCUUCUGCUGUGUUGUGCUAUCUACUUGCUUAAAAGUCAACUAUGUGAGUUACUGUGGUCCGCCAGAUAAAACGUUCGCGUUUAAAAUUACCCCAUGGCCAGUGAUAAAACCUGGUGAUGUUCUCAAUCUAAGUUUCAAGCUCACUCCUUUUGUAGACGUUUUUUAUUCAACACUCCGUGCUCGCAUUACCUCGAAGAAAGACCACCAAGUGUUUAUUGAUCGUGUGAUGAAUUUAGGAUGCAAGCGCACCAAACUACUUUGCAACCUGGCGGCAGGAGAAACCUUAACCAAGUCAGUCAAUGGAAUACACGUGGGGAAUUUUUCACCUGGCCUAAAGGGAACGGUGACAGGGACAGUUGCGCUGUACAAUCAAAACCAAGUAAUGUGGUUUUGUAUUAAAUUUGAAGCAGUCCUAUAG